GAUGUAGUGUACGGAUGGAUUGCAUAGGUUCGGACACCGAGAUGUUGGACGUCUCCAGCACGUACGAUCGCACCAUGUCGGUCACGAUAGUGUUGUUCUACACGUUCGUCACGCUGUUUAUGUUUCUGUCCUACAACCCGAAGCCGAAGAAAAUUAUCGAAUCAAUCCGCAGCUUCCUGCUCCAUCUACUUCAACACAAUGGCGACGGUAGUCUUCCUCCUAGUACGGCCUCGUCUAACCCCACUACCACUCAGCCCGGUGCGGACGAGUGUGUGCCGAAGGUGAAGUCAAUCUGGGACAUCCCGGGACCGCUGAGGUUGCCCUUGGUCGGCACGAAAUGGCGUUACUUUCUCGGCCGCCAACGGUACGCCAAGGUACACGAGACGUUCAUGCAGAUGCAUCGCCGGUACGGUUCGAUCAUGCUCGACGUUGACACCGUCCCGAUCGUGAAUCUGUUCGAUCGUGCCGACAUGGAGAAGGUGCUGAAAUACCCGAGCCGCUAUCCCUUCCGGCCGCCGACGGAAAUCGUCGAGGUGUACCGAAGCAGCCGGCCGGAUCGGUUCGGUGUGACCAAUCUGAUCAAUGCGCAGGGUGAAAAGUGGCACGAGCUGCGGGUUAAGUUGACCACAGGCAUUACCUCCCGGCGAAUUCUGCAAUCCUUCAUACCAUCGGUCAAUGAGAUUUGUGACGAUUUUGUGGAGCUGGUACGCCAUCAACGGGCAGAAGAUGGAACGAUCCGGAACUUCCAGGACAUUGCAAACUCGGUUGGACUUGAGAUUAUCUGCUGCCUGGUGUUGGGACGGCGAAUGGGCUACCUCACAACGAACCGACAGAAUGAAAAGUUUAUGCGACUAGCCGAAGCCGUUAAAGAAUCGUUCGUCUACAUCGGCGAAAGUUAUUUCGGGUUCAAGCUGUGGAAAUACGUGCCGACCAGACUUUACAGUAAUUUCGUACGCUGCGAGGAGAUCAUUUAUGAUACGAUUGCAGAGAUUGUAUACGAAGCGCUGGAAGAAGAACAGCUCAACUGUCCAGACAAUGACGUGAAGCACAUCUUCAUCAGCAUUCUGCAAACGGAAGGACUGGAUACGAAGGAAAAGAUAUCCGGCAUAAUAGACCUCAUUACCAGUGCCAUAGAAACGCUUUCCAAUACACUCUCCUUCUUGCUUCACAAUCUCAGCCAAUCGGUUGAACAUCAGCGUGAGAUAGCGCAAGAAUUUAGUCACUGUGUGCAGAACAUCACCAACGAUGAUCUUGUGAGUGCUCGCUUCACGAAAGCUUGCAUUCAGGAGUCAUACCGCCUAUCCCCAACGACGCCCUGUUUGGCGCGAAUUCUUGAAGAAGACUUCCAGCUGUCCGGUUACCAUCUACAGGCGGGAACUCUCGUACUGUGCCAUACGCGAGUUGCCUGUCACAGUGAGGACAACUUCCAGCAAGCAGAUCGCUACCUGCCGGAUCGUUGGCUCGAGCAGCGGGACGAGAAUCAUAAUGUGGUGUACAAGCGGCAAGAACCGGGUGCUUCACUUGUCCUGCCGUUUGGUAUCGGUCGCCGUAUGUGCCCCGGCCAGAAAGUAAUCGAUAUCGAGCUAACGAUGCUGGUGGCAAAGAUAUUCCAAAACUUUGAAAUUGAAUAUCGCAGUCCGCUUGAUACACAGUUCCAGUUCCUGUUGGCACCGCGCACGCCAAUAGAGAUUAGAUUCCGGGAUCGGACGUGA